UUGGAUGAAGCGUGCAUGCUCCAUGAUAUUGCUUACACAAACAAAGAUUCAGGCGCCCGACAAAAAGCGGAUUUAGAACUUUUGAAAAUGGCUAAGAGGAGGUUGAAAUCAGAAGAUGCUAGAAAAGGAGAAAAAAAUGCCUCAUGGAUAGUCAAAAAUGCGAUGAAAGCGAAAUUCCGGGCGGGGAGCGUAUUGUCAGCUUUAGGAUCAUUAGCCGGUGGAGCAGCGGGUAUAGCAAAAGCUGUUAAUGAUUCAAAAUCAGCACAAAAGAGUCUUCAGGAAUCUGAAAGACACAACAGAAUGAUGGAAGCCGUUGCUCUAGGAAAAGGAUUAUAUAUUAAACCUUAUAAACAAGAAGCAGGUUUAUAUAUUAACCCCUCAAAAAACUAA